AUGAGCAAGCCAGGAGUUAAGCAUGCGACGUGGUCGAUGCAGUUGACGUGUCUUAUGCAACGCUUGAUGUAUGGGCGUCGAGGGGGAAGACGACACUUGAAGGGGAACCUCUUGCGGAGUUGUGAGAGUCAUGAUAUCAUGAAGUGGGAGAAGGUUGACUGGGAUCCGAUGGGAUCUUGGGCCGCACGGGUGUGCUUUGAGUGGCGAAAUUUGUGUUUCGCUUCUGCCGCGCCGCGCCGCUCGCUCAUCCCGUGA